AUGUGCUGCACUAGGCCGCCUCAUGUUUCAGUCGCUACGAUAUUUGAAAUAUCGCGAUACAUGUAUAUCUUUGUAAUGUACUACUCAUUAGGUAGGUGCAGUCUCCGGGUUUUCGUCAAUCUGAGAACAUCACAAACGAGCGAUUCAUCUGGGCUCCAGAUCAACAAUCAGCUGAUCGAUAGUCAAUGUGACACGGUCUUCAAAAAAGUACACAAAUACCAGUGUUCCUCGGUGGUAGUCAAAGACGCAAGAAGCAGUAGGCGCAGUCCCUGA